UUCCUUCUGCCCUUCCACGCCGAUCCUGCGUUCGUUGGGCGAGCAAAAUCCCCAGGGAGGUUAUCGGGAGUUUCGGAUGUUCAAGGAAUGCAGGUUCGGGCUCUGAACCUACAGCUUCGCCAAACAUAAGGGUACAGGCCCAAACCAAUAGAUAGCGAAAGGGGAAAGCCGGGAAGGAAUGCGCGUCGCGCUGAGACUUCCAAACCUGCAGCUCGCAAUAGACAAUAAUGCCGUGAGGCGGGCGUGUUUGCAGCGUGACUGAAGUGACAUCCCUAUGACCCCAGGUGGUGGUGUGUGUGGGUAACCCCGGCAAGGCAGCGCUGGGCGGUGUGCGUGACCCGGGAGAAAUCUGACAUCAGUGUGUCGGUAAGGACUUGGUGCCGAGUGUGUAGCGAUGUGUGAUCGAUUAGACACGCGUGCAGAAAGGCCGUGCGUGUGGCUCGCGGGCAGCGAUGUGACCGGCGUGCAGGAAGGCCUGAUGUCGGCACAGACCCUUGCACGACCCCGUCCCAGGGCCAGCCCCACACACGAUGCGCGUGUCAGGUGGGUGUGCGGGGCCAGCCGUGGGACGGGGUGCAGGGCGGGACCCCCGGGCGUGGGGCAGGGCCUGUGCCGGACUCCGUGCGGGGGAUGUAAUCAGCGGGCCGUGCCCGCCGGGCCCUGCUUGCGGCGGACCCGGAGCCUGCUAAGGGCAGCGCGUGGCGGGGUUUGUGUUUUGCAGCGCGGAGCGGCAGAUCCGGGCGGUGCCAUGGCCGAGGGGCAGGCCGCCUCCGGGGCCGACUGGGAGAUCGACGUGGAGAGCCUGGAGCUGGACGAGGGCGAGGAGCGGCUCGGGGCCUGCCUGCUGCAGGGCGGCGGCCCGGGGGAGCAGGAGGACGAGGAGGAGGAGGAGGACGAGGAGGAGGAGGACGGGGAAGAGGAAGGGGCGGCCCCGCCGGCCCCUAGCCAGCCCAAGCAGCAGCAGGCGGAGCGGGGCAGCGGAGGGGAGCAGAGGAAGCUGAGCCGGACCCCCAAGUGCGCCCGCUGCCGCAACCACGGCGUGGUGUCCUGCCUGAAGGGCCACAAGCGCUUCUGCCGCUGGCGGGACUGUCAGUGCGCGAACUGCCUGCUGGUGGUGGAGAGGCAGCGGGUCAUGGCCGCCCAGGUGGCGCUCCGGAGGCAGCAGGCCACUGAGGAUAAGAAGGGGCUAACAGGGAAACAGGCUAAUUUUGAGCGCAAAACAGUCUACCAGAGGCCUGUCAGGACACCCAGCUUGCUGGCCAAAAGCAUUUUGGAAGGUUAUCGCCCCAUGCCAGCAGAUCCUUACCUGGGAGGGAAUUCACCUUUACCACCCCCUGUAAGUGACAGGAUGAGGAAAAGACGGGCCUUUGCUGAUAAAGAGCUGGAGAACAUUAUGUUAGAGAGAGAGUAUAAAGAAAGGGAGAUGAUGGAAGCCACUCAAGCUGCUGCCCUUUUCCUGCCUAACCAUAUGGUGCAUGGAACUGAAUACAAUUCCUACAAAACUGCCUUUAACCCUACCCAGGUUGAAGCUCCUAGCAAGGAGUUUUGCAACUUCUUACCAACCUGCCUUGACCUAACCAUGCAGUAUUCAGGAUCUGGGAAUAUGGAACUGAUUUCUUCAAAUGUCAGUGUAGCCACUACCUACAGGCAAUAUCCCUUGUCCUCCAGAUUAUUGGUAUGGCCAAAGCGUGGCCCCAUUAGUGAUGCUUUUCUCUACCAGCAAUGCCUACUGAAUGCUACUGCAGUCCAAGCUCUCAAACCUGGGGCAGCCUGGGACUCCAAGACUUCACAAAGCCAGGAUUGUGUAAAUUCAGAGCAGGAGAUGAUGUCACCAAAAACUGAAAAUUCACUUGUGCUUUCUCAUGCUCGAGAAAUUCAGCAUGUCCCUCAGGAGGCCCGUGAGAGGUCUGCUUUCUCUCCUCCUAAAAGGACUUUUCCACAGAUUUCUGAGAAGGAUUCUCUGGCUUCUCAAGAACACAUCUUAAGCAAGAUCAGCAAAGAAAAUACCAAGCAUCCUCACACACUCAAGUAUAAUCCGUUCCACUCAUUUUUACAGCAAACAUUUCAUGACAAAUCGGGGCCUGAGUUAAAAACAUCGUUUGUAAAAGAGAGCUUUGAAGAGACAUCUAAGAAGUACAGAGAGUGCUCCAUCAAAGAGAACCAAAAGUACAAAUUUACAAUAGACAGAUACUCAAAAGACUUUUUUGGGGCCAAACAAGCUGCAACAAAACUCUCAGCAAAUGAGCCUCUAUCAUUCUCUGUUGAAUCAAUCCUUAAACGACCCUCUUCUGCAGUCACUAAUGUCUCGCAGUAACUGCAUCUUCAAUGUCAAGUUUAAAUGUUUGCCAUCUGCAAAGUUGCUGCCACCUGCCUUUUCUCUCCAAAGAUUUGUACAAAGGAAUUUGUUAUGUAAAUGGUGAUUUUAAAAAAAACCUGUGUACAUAAAUAUGCAUGUUUUCUCUCAUGAAAAUAAAUAUUUAAAUUUUAAAAAUGAAAACGGUGCAUGUGCAGACUGUAAAGUGUAGGCUUUAUACAGCACUUCAAACGUUACAAUAAAAUGAGAUGACUUAUGAACAUCCCUGUUCUUUGUCAUGCCAAGAGGACAUUAUCACUUCUGCCUUAUGUCUCUCUCCCUCCACAGAAUGGGUAUCCACCCACUUGCAGAACAUGCGUAUGCUAUUGUUCGCUAUUAUAGAAAGGGUAAUUAUUUGCUAUGCUGCAGUAACUCAUCUCUGAUUUGUAUCCAUACUAGCGUGCAGAACAGGCAACAGCAGUGCAAGUUUACCUGCUAAGAUGCAUCGAAGGCAUCUUUCCACUGAUUUCAAUGGGCUUUGGAUCAGGCUCCAACUGUCAGUGCAGUCCUGAUAGGAUAAACCUCCUGGGAUGAGAGAGUCGUUUAUUCUGGGCCUCUCUGUUGAGACUGGCAUCAUUCAAGCAAGUUUUGAAGUGUGGCGAUAGGGACAAUGGGAAGAAAGAUGGAAGAAUAGGAACAUUCAGUGACUCUUUUAAGUGUUCUCAGAUAAAGGUCUGCUCUUGUGUCAAAUGGGCAUUAAAAUCUCCCUCAGGCUCUUCACGGACUUGGAAUAUCUAAUUUCCUAAAACUUUUCAUUUCUGACAAUCACAAGCUAGACUAGAUAUUUGUGCCACCUUCAAUGAAAUGAACUUUGGGGUAAAAAAAAAGUUUCAUAGAAUAAUAGCUACAAAAUGAAAAUUAAGGUAUAAAAUUAAGAGGAGAUAUUAUAUCUUUCAGUCCUUUUGUAGUCAAUGAAAAGAAAGUUAGGCUGGUAGACAGAGUUCACCUCAGCCUGAAGCCUCCUUCAGGUUGUGGAAAACUUUACCUAUUAACUUUGAUUUAACUUAACAGACUUUUUAAAUUUUUUUCCUUAUUUUGCUAUUUUUUUCCCUAUUUUACCAUCAGCUAAGCAGAAUUAGCUUUUGUUUUCCUGUUUUCUAUACACACUAAUUUUAAUCCUAUCAAUGUGUUUACAUAGUCCUAGGUGAUACUAGUUUGUUUUAUCAUCUAAAGGUCUAGUAGCUGGGUGAACAAAUGGAAGUGGACAGAUUAGGUCACAAAUUCUGAGUAACGAGCGAUUUUUGUGAAUUUUGUUCACUAUUCAGAAGUGUUUGGUGAUUAUUUUUUCCUGAACAAAUCUCAGCCCAUAGAUUGUAAAUGAACUGACUACUGUGAGUAUUUCUUCAGGUAUUUGAUAUUUGAGUUGUGUGAGUAGUGUCACUUAGAUCAUCCAACCAUGGAAUAGAAAGUCUCUGAUGUGACUUAACCUUCAUAAAUUACUUCUGUGUGGCUAUCUUCAGGUUUUAUACUGUUGCCCAUCACGGGAAUAUCUGAGCUCUUUGUAUGUAAAAUCAAUAGUAACAGCAAAGUCUGCCUUUGCCUGACACUAAUUUCAUUGAGUAAUAAAACCAAAUGUUUUGUGAUUUAUCUUGGCCACUGGUUCAAAAUUCACUUUCCAUGAACAUUCAUAGAAAUAAUACUUUGCUUGUGUGAAUGUUAAAUAAAAAGGGGUGUGAACACAAUGAAAGCAAAAUUGUAUUUGAAGGUGCUUGAAAUAUUCAUAACUGCUUUUUCUGACUCUGUCCCUGAUCCAACUCCCAUUUAGGUCAAUGGAAAGACUACCACUAUCUUAAAUGGGAAUUGGAUCAGACCUUAUUUGCCCAGAUCUAGUCCCUAGCUAUCUGUGAAUCCACAUCCACUCUGAAUCAUACCAAUCUUACAGUUUUGCCUAUGUAUAAGGCUCCUCACUUUUCAUGUUUCAUGGUUUUAUUACCAUGGCUUCAUUCUUUGGUGGUGGAGGUUACGGAGCAUAAAAUGCUAAUGAAGACUUUAAAUUUACUAUACAUUUAAUAUAUUUCCUUUGUUACUAAAAUUCUGUUUGAUUUAUUUCUCAAGCUGCUGGCAUGAACUGUGAUGAUAGAUGUGGGAAAACCAGAAGUCCAACUA